GACAACUGAGGCUGUACCUGGCGGCACAAGUGUAAUGCUAUCUAUAACACGACUGGAAACAUAAAUUAUUCAGCCAUGGACGCUGGUGUGAAAGACUAGACACUUGCUGGAAAGGACAUUGUGAUCUGUAGCCAUAUAGUACAACCCUAGAAACCUGGAACAAUGUCGUAAAUAUCCCGUACUGAGUAAUGCAGACGUAGAUUAAAGCCAAAUAAAAACAUCUGAUAAGCUGGAAUGAAAAAAAAAGUGGACCCUUAUUUCAUGUUAAGACAGAAACCUAAAAUGUUGAAUGUAAACAUAUGAAAUAAUGGAUUUGUAGCAGUGCAAAAUGCAGUUUCGAACAUCAGGUUACUUCCUCAAGAGCAUCGUUAGCAUUUUUAGGAACCACAUAACACCUCUUAACACACUCGUAAUAUUCUUGUAGCCUACAGUAGGUGGAGACAGUAAAUAAAUAAAAAAAUAUUAAGGGAAGUCCCCUUCCCUUAACUAAUGGCUGCUGCCAAAAAGUAGUUUAGAACAAUGUAACCUCCAGUUUUUUGUGUGGUGCCUCUUAAAUGCCAACAAUGGAGGCUGCGGUUUUACAGCAGUACUGCAAUGUACAUGCAUAACUGGGAGGUGUAUGUGCUUAAAGGGUAAGCAAGGAAGUUGCACUUCCUUAGUGUAGUGUACGUGAUUGUUUUACCUCCACGAGUCUGUGCUUGAGAUUUCUCUCUUUUUUUUCCCUUUUGACUUGUCAAAGGACAGACUUUUUCAGUUUGAAUCUUUAAACUGUGCGUGUGCGUGAUCACUCCGUGCAUAUCUGGGAUGUUUGUGCAGCACAGCUGCAGACGUCUCCCUCGUUCGGUAUAACAACUCAGCCACUGAUUGUUAUUGUGCACCCUCGCAAAGGAAGAAAACUGAAAUCCCCAAAGGACGUCAGUUUUUCAGUUUCCUGCAACUAAAUGGUGUCAAUGUUCAGCAUGCUGGGUUUUUCCUCACCACACAUAUUCCAUUUGAACGGAUGGUUCUCACUUGUGGUGUUUGGGUAUCUCACUUUGAGAGGUUUUUUUUGUGUGUGUAUGUGUGUGUGUCAUUAUACUUCAUUGACAGUAAAGGUCUUGGAUUUUCCCGUUUAAGAUGUUUAUUUAAGAAAGUUUUAAUGGGAAUGUAGGUCACUGUCCCUGAGAUAUAAAUAUUUGUAUAUGUUUUACAGGUUAAAGUAUUAUUAUUUUUUUAUUUAUGAUCCAUUUGUAUGAAUAUUUGUGUGGUGCAGAAUAAACUGAAAGUGAAAAUCUUGAUGUUUUUCAUCUCAUUGUGGUCUUUAGUGGUACACUGUUAUGAUAAUGUGCUACUGUAAAACCCCAAGUCAAAAUGUCACCUGUAUAUGUAUAUGUCAUGAAUAAAAUGUUUGGCCACAAGGUGGGAGUAUGGACUGUAUGUUUGAACCGCAGCAGCUGGUGUGCAUUUGUAAGCGCACACACACCCCACCUACAAAGAAAAUAGGAGCACAGUACUUGAAGAGCUUUUAUUCUUGAGUUGGAUUACACCCAUCUCAUGAAUUGCAAAUUUGGGCUAAAAGCACAAAGAACAGCUGCCUUAUAUUGUUCAUAGUUACUGGAUGGAAAAAUAACAGAUCCCUUACAGGACGACAUUCACUUUAUGUGUUUACAUGCAGCACGACAGCUUCAAAAUUUAUAGCAUUAUUCUUCUGCUGUCAUGUAGAUAUGCUGUCAGGCUGCACAUCAGCAUGUGUUUGCCAUGUUUUUAACCACACCAGUGUCACCUGCCAAAAAAGGGAUUUCCAGUAUUUCUCAAUAAAUAAAUAAAUAAAUAAAUGAAAGAUUACCAGAACUGAAACUGCUCUAAAUGACUUGUUGGCCUUUACUGUCACCUAUAUCUCGCAAAUGAUAUCACGUCAUAUAACAAGCUAUGCAGAGUAAGCAACACUUCUUUUACAAGGUAAAGGUUUUAUACUUAUUUAACAAGGUGGAAAGAUUUAGUGAAGUUAAAAAUGUGUUUUUCAAAUCAAACUUGGCCAAUUGGGCAGUAGAAACUGCAAGAAGUUGAACACAGCUUUCUAUACAGAUAUUUUAAGUGUCCAAAAAAAAACGUUUGGACUGAUGAUAAUGUUGAACACAGAGUAGGCACAAUAAAGCAGUCAUAAAGAUCUUUGCAAAACAGGUCAUUUCUUUAUUUUAUAUAUAUAAAGGCUUUGUAAAUCCUCUUGACUACUGCCUUUUUUUUUAUCACUUUAUAUUUAUCAAUAUAAGCACAGAAAAUCACUUUUUGGCAUGGGAUGGCUUUAAUUUAAUUUAAUUUUUUUUAAAUAAGAGGUUAAAGAUGAAGUUAAUUUAAUUUUCCUUAUGUCUUGACCUUUUUUUUUUUUUUUAUCAUGGGUAGGUGUUAUAUACGCUGUAGCUUCAACCUACACCUUUUCGAUUUGUCAUAUGAUUUCUUCUUUUCUUUUAAUCAUUUCGUGUGCUAUAAAUGAACCGAAUAAAGACAGUUAACCACCGGGAGCACCAGCUACAGCACAGUUUAGAGGCUAACUAAAGACGGAUUUAGCAUUUUUUUAAAUCUCUUAAAAUGUCUGUAGGAAAAUGAACGGCCCUUUGGAGGUAUUUCCAAAUGACAUAUAUUUCCCCCUUUCGCACUUUUCGUGCUCCCAGCAGCAUAUCUUUAAGCGCUAACGCCGAGUUAGCGUGAAGGAGCAGAUUUUUAUCAACAAUUUUACGCAGUGUCGCCAAUAAGGAAGCUGCAGGCUUCCUACGUUUUCUGUGGUUUGCAAGUAAGCACGAGGGUUAGUGGUUUCUAUUGGCAACCGGACCCGGAUUCUCAAAAACAACAGCUGGCGACGUAAACCGUCCCGUCCCGAGAAGAGACGCGACACAGCCUGGAGGAGUUUGCCGAGACAAAAAGGUUUUUGUGGUUUGUGUAUGUGUGUGUGUUUUUUAUUAUUAUUAUAUAUAUAUUUUAUGCUGUCUCAGUGCCACCUGUUACACACUUGAAAAAAUUCCGCUGCAGCUUCUGUUUUGUGAGCGUUGACCCGGAUAGCUAUUGAAUUACAAACAUGGAGGACAGUUUUCUUUUGUCGGGACGUCUAAUUCAAGACAAUAAGUUGACGCUACCCGUGAAAUAGAAUUUUAAAGACAUUUUUAAGUCUUGAGGGAUUCAGUCUACUGUUGUUGUCAAAAAAGCCGCAGUAACAGGUAGGUUAACAAUGGCUCAAUAAAAGCCACUGGUACAAAUCCAGUCAAGUCAAUUUUAUUUUACCAGUUCCCUUUGCAGUAGAUAAAGUCUUUCUUCUUUUGUCAAUGAUAAUCUUAUUUUGUGUGUGUGUAAAAUUUCAUCAAACUAAUAUCAAGUCAGAACAAUACAAAUACAUAGUUAUAAAUAAUAGAAAACACUGUGCAAAAGUUUCAAGCCACCCCUUAUGUCUUUAAAUUUGGCAUCCAAGUAACAAAUUUAAGCAACAUACUUACCUUCAUACAAUACUUUUUUUUUCUUUUUCUUUUUUCAUUUUUACAGUGUUACUGAGGAAUAGUUCUCCAGGCUUUCUGUAGGUCUUUCAAAGUUUUUUUCUUUUUGGAUGUUGGCUACUUUUUCACACCUUUUCACUCCAGUUUUUGUACCUGAUCAUUUUCAGAUAAAUAAUUUUUUGUUUGUUUUGGUUAUUUUGAACAAUUUAACAAUGCAAUAAAAAAGCAUAAAAAGUCUUCUAACCCAAGGGAUGAACUAGUGUUGUGUCUACACAUAACAGAAAAAUUAGCAAUUUUUUUUUUUGAAAAUUUGCAAUUUUAUCUUUUUUACUAGCAGCCUGUCAUAAAACAUAAUGUUUUUUUUUUUUAGUUAAAUAUAUUUUUUAAAAAUACCAAAAAUAAAACAAUUGUAUUUUUGCACCAACAAUUGUGAUUCUCAAAGAGCUAUUAGUUGAAAACUAUGUCAUAAAUGUUCCAUACUGAGUAAUCAGUAUAACUCAGUAUAACAACAUCUUACUUUUGAACAAUCAUGACUGCUUUGGUUCGACCUGGAGUCAAUAUUUCAGAGCUAUGUAAGGAAGGAGACAACUUCCUUCGGAGUGGUGAGCUGGAGAGAGCCACCUCCUUGUACAUGUCUGCCUUCAGGACUCACGCCACCUCUGCGGUGUCCCACAUGAGAAAACUGGAUAAGUCCGGUCUGGAUUUGGUGAUCGCUACUCUAGAGGGCUGGCUUGACAGUCAUGUGAAAAUUCAGCCUGCAGAGGGUCUUAAUAAAGGUCUUGCUGCUGUUUUCCUCUCCACACUCAGUCCCAACAAUCUGUUAGCCACCAUUUACAAAAUGGAGUCUCUUCUUCAGAGUGGCACGCAUGCCUGUGAGGAGAUUUUUGCUCGUUGCACAGCUAUGCUUGAAGGGAAGCGGAACCUUCCUCCAGAGGGUUCAACUCAUGUUUUGUUAGAGAUAACACGAGCCCUCGCCUGCUUGUUAUCAGAAUCUCACAGGUUAAAGGGACUAAAGAUUUACCUCAAAGCUUACCGGAAUAGCAAGUCUGAAACUGUCACACUGGUGAAGAGCAGACAAGCGGGACACUUACCCAAAAUAGUGAGGGCCUUUGCAGAACAAAUCAUGCUCAUACAUCCCACUCUGGUAGUUGACAGCAAGUGGAGAGUGGGAACAAAGGACAAUGACAAGCUGGAAGAAGAAACUUCUGCUACUGUUAUUGAGUUUUUGCUGUCUAUUUCACCUAGUAACAAAGAAGUACAGGAACUCAAUGCAGCAUAUUUGUUUUUGACGGGCAGGUUUAUGGACAGUGCAGAGGCAUACUCUUCCCUCUUGCAGCAUGCUCAUGGCCAGAAAAUAUCAGAGAGUACUAUAGAAAAAUUACUCCAAGAAACUCCUGAGAGGACAGCCAGACUCUUGACAAGCCGAGCAGCUGCUUGCUUUUCAGCAGGUGGAAAGAUUGCAGAGGAGUGCACAGAUUUGGGGAAAGCAUUUGAGACUCAUCCAGCCACUGCCCGAAAUUACUUCCAAAAGCUGUUCACAGAUCAGGGAACUGGGGUGGCAGCUUGCAACCAUCUCCGUCAGCAGGCGGAGAGAGGCCUGUCAGAUUACAGAGAGCAGGUCCUUGUCCGUGCAGAUCUGCGAUCUACUGAAGGAGUUGAAGUUCUGGACCCUGUUAUCACUCAGUUACGGACCCUGUGCCAUUUAGAACCUGGUGGGGGAGACAGAGAGUUGCGGGUCCGACUGGCUGAUUGUCUUCUCCUCAGAGGAGAGCACAAAGAGGCCCUCUCUAUCUGCAGCCAGCUAGCUGCCGCACAAGGUCAGCAGAGCUAUCAAAACACGGUCCACGUCCUUCGUGGAUAUGCACGAUUGCUCUCUGAUGACCAGAAGGGUGCAUUAGAAGACUUUCAGGCUGUGAUUGAACACAAUGCCCCCCACCCAUCCAGCUGUGUGCGAGCACUUUGUGGCAGGGGCCUCCUGCGAAUGAUGGGCGGCUUAAACUACCUGACUGCUUUAGACUAUGUGACAGCCAGCAGGCUGCAUCCUCAGGAAACAGCAUUUGCUGUGCGCUGUUUGGUACCCUGGAACUACCGUGGCCUACUGUUUACUGUUCUGCUGGAGCAGGGACGAUUCAUGCUUGAAGGGUCUAGAGAUCACAAACCCAAGUCCAGUUCUGGUCAAGACUCCCAACAGCACCAAAAGGAGGAACAUAUGCAGACCCUAUCAAAGAGGGACAACCACAGAUCAAGGUAUGUUUGUUUUAGAUAUGGUUUACUGAGCAAUGCUUUCUCAGAGAAAAUAUUUUGGCGUGUCACAGCAGGAAAAGUCUACUUUAUUGUUUUGGUAGUCUCUGUUGUGUGUUUUCUGAGUGUGAUUGUUGUCCCGUUGUGUUUUUUUUCUGCUUUGUACGUUAGGACUCCUGCUGGUGUCCAUUCCCUUGCUCUGUUGCUGAUGGAGCUCCAGCCCAGUGCCGAUGGGCCUCAGAUCUUGGCAGCAGAUGCCUUGUAUCAGCUUGGUCGGGUGGAGGAGGCUUACCGAUUGCUGCUGUCCAUCGGGCCCACCAAUCCUCGGGCACCUAUCUUGGCUCGCCUUGCUUUGCUGCAGCUGCACAGAGGCUUUCUUUAUGACACCAAUCAGCUGCUGAAAAAGCUCAUCUUGUGUGGUGAUACCAGCUGCUUGCGCCCCCUGUUGGCAGUGGCACAACAGAAAGACAGAGCACUGCUGCAGGGACACUCCCACUCAGCUGCAAAACGCAUUUUGGACCGAACAAGCGAGGAGAGCGCUGUCAGAGAGGCUGUGGCAUAUCUCUCCAUUGCUAUUAUGGCCUCUGGUGGCGAGGCAGCUGAAUCACUACUAGAAAGAGCGAGGUGCUACGCUUUGCUGGGUCAGCGAAGAACAGCCAUAUUUGACUUCAGUGCCAUUCUGAAGGAGCAUCCGAAACACGUGCAUGCCCUCUGUGGAAGAGGUUUCACAUAUCUCAUGCUGAAUCAACAAAAGGUUUUUUUUUCCUCUAGUCUUAUCUAUCAGGAAUGCACUCAUGAUAUCCUGGCAGCACUUCAGAUAAAUGCUGACAUAGUGACCAAAGACAUUCUUUCACUCAAGGACAGGGCACAGAAGCUGGUCUGUGAUUGGCUGCAUCAGUUCUGCCGUACCAAUCUGUCAGACAUUGUGGCCACUCAUGGUGUUCCCUGCCAUGAAGAGCAGCUUAGAGAGGCUUUCAUAAUUGGUGGAGCUUUGAUGAGGGCUGACUGUAGAAACCCCAGAUGGCAUCUGCUCUAUGUGGACAUCCUCUUGGCAAAAGCACCAUUGCACCUGUCAUCCCCUGUUUUCAGUAAUCCAUACUUCUGUUAUGGUCCAUCUGCUCCAGGUGAGGUUAAGUCAGCAGGCGCUCAUCUGUGCCAGAUAUUUGGCCAGGAGCCAAGAGAUGCAGUGGCCCAGGCUCGGGUGGGUGUGGUGGAUGCCUGGCAGAAGAAGUACUGCAGCGCAGCUCGCAGGCUCAGCAAACUGGCUGAGAAGGAUUCAUCCUAUUUUGACUUCUUGCUGGCUCUCAUCCCAUUUAAUCAGCGAAAAUGCAUGGCACAGGAAGCAGCUCAGGAGGCCAACAGUGUGUCAUCAUGUGGCCAGUGGAAGCAGGCGCUUACCCUCCUGACUGUGGCAGUACAAUCAGGGGGCAGUCAGAGAAUGGAGUAUCUUCGCCAGCGGGCUGUAUGCCUGGCACAGCUGGGCUUACAUGAGCGGGCUAUAUCUGAUCUGGACAGAGUUAUCCAGAAACACGAUGGACCUGACUACAGCUGUUCAGACCACCCUCAAGUCCAGGUGGAGGAUUUGUGCUUGCGAGGUUGCAGCCUGGUGCUCUGCUCCAGAGAAGGGCCAGCUCUGGAGGACUUUAUCCGGGCCCUGGAGCUCGACAGAGAACAGGCCAUCCAGUGUGUGGAGGCUGGGCUAGGAAGACUGCCUCUGGCUGAGUGCUUCCUGCGGGGGGCGCUGCAGCAUUAUGGGGAGCAACAUCUCAGUAAGGCUUGGACCUUGAUUGAAUGUGGCCUCCUUUUGGAUGGUGAGAACACAGAGCUCCGCAGACUGAGGGCAAAAGUCAAACGAGAAGUGGCCAAUCCUUGCAACGUGAACUAGCGUUGACUGUGAACUGGACACAGAAUCUCCAGUGGAGCUUAUAAAUGCAAAGAGUUACUGCAAAAGCUCCAAUCAGGUCAAUGUCCUACCUCAAAAUUAAAAACAAAGAAAAGAAAAACCUAAUCCCAAUCAUUUUGUUAUGCUCAGCUUCCUAAAUUUCAUGGGAUGUUUGGUGC